CAACGUAAGUGUUUAUUCAGCCAAUUUGUUAUUUAUAAUUAAAAGAUUCCUUGCCUUUCUAUAAAAGCACAAUUUUGGGGGUUUUAGUAGGAAAUUUCCACUGUCUUUGUACAUCUACGUAGUAAUCCUAUGGACAGACAGACUUCUGUUAAAAAAGCAACUGGGAAAAAACUCUAUAAGUGUUUUCUAAAAUUUUGCACUCUAAUGUUAUCAAUGCCAAUUUGUGGUUCUUUCAUUCAGAUAAAAGAAAAUCAAGAACGUCUGCUCAAGGCCAAGGACUUUUUACCCCCUGUGGCUUACAGCCCAGAGAUUUUUAUUCUUCCUGGAACGCAUGAUGCUGUAGCUAGGCCAGUGGAGAAUGCUGCAAAUACCAUUAUACAAACACACGGCCUCACAACAGCUGGUAUGGCUUCUAUGCAGCCUCACCAGUUACCACAAGCACGAUAUCCAGUUGGAUAUAUACAACAUCCACAAGCCCUGCCAAACAUGCUACCUGUGGGCUUUUUACCCCAGCAGUCUGGCCAAGUGGAGCAGAUGGGUUUGCAAAGCAGAGAGGCACCUUAUGUUAAUUGCACUCAGAGGACCAGCAGGUCUAACAAGUCAAUAUCUGAUGACGAGGGUAGCAGCGACUUUGAGAGACCACAAGACGAGGGAAACCAAGAGGUCACUGGUAGACGUCAGUCAAUAGAGGACAGAAGCGAUGGGUCUUCAGAGAAUGAUGGUGGUGACGGAGGCGAUAAGCCAAAAGUGAUGGAGCGAACAGAACAUAGGAAGAAGCAGAAAAAAGCAGGUCAAGAUGAACAGGAAGAGGAAGCUUCUAAUGUUGUUGCAUUAAAGUCGAAAAAGAACCGAAUGCAAAAGAAAGGAAGUAGCAGUUCAUCGGGAAGCAAUCAGUCAUCAGAAACUAAGACUGUUAAGUUCAUUCAACCAGAAGUAUAUCAGAGCCUUCCCAUUCCUAGUCAAGGGGGUGUACUGAUUUCUCCUCCUACUCCUAUUCCCUCCGGGCGUGUCAUUUCUUCCCCUUUUCCUGCACAGCAGUUUGAACCAGUUAGUGGUCCUUCUGAGAAGGAGAGAGCUUCUGAGAUAAAGAACAAUAAUCCAAGUGGUGAAGUUGAUGAUAAAGAUGCGAUGGCAACAGAGAAGAAGAAAAAGUCGGCCGAAACCAAAAGAGGUAAAAAGAAAAGGCGAGAGAAGUCGCGCUCUCCUUCCCUGGAGCGAACACAACCCAAAGAGCACAUCAGUCAAAAAGAAAACAGUGGGGAUGUUAUAUAUGAGGAUGAUGAUAAUUCAGCUGUGUACGGUGAAGUAACAAUGAGUCGAGUUGAAUCUCCUCCAAGUUUAAGUGAAGUUGAAGAGAGAUCAAAGUUUGUUCAGUUUCCUUCCCCAGGUAAAGCGGUGUAA